AUGGGGACCAGUGCUUUUGCCCUGGUCCUCACCCUGGCCUUGGCAGCGUGCAUCGCCCAUGCAGAGAGGAAGUGCCAGCUCAGCGGGCUGUGGAGGAACGAGCAGGACUCGCUGAUGGAGAUUUCGGCGGUGAGGGAUGACGGGAGCUUCCAGGGGAAAUACCUCACGCGGGUCACCUUCGCUGGCGGCUAUGCCCGUGCCUCCUCCCUGAAAGGUGCCCAGCAGCAGCCCAGCGAGGGGGCCUGGCCCACCUUUGCCUUCACCAUGCUCUGGGACAAGUUCUCCAAUGCCAGCACAGCCUUCACGGGUCAGUGCUUCAUGGACGCAGGCAGAAAGGAGACGCUGAGCACCACAUGGCUGCUACGCAAAGCUGUUGGGUUCCUCAAGAAGGACUGGAAAGCCACGAGGGUGGGCAGCAAUGUCUUCACAUGCAAACGCACCCCAAAAGGAAAGAUCCUGCCAAGCUUGUCCACAUCCUGCGAGGAUGCAGUUUCACCCACUCUAUGA